CUCAGACGUUCAUGUCGCCGUCGCCGCACCAUCUCCUCGCGCGCUUUGUGGUCGGCGCGGUUCUGGCCGUGCCGACCGUGUACUUUGCGACAGUCCUAUUUCCUGCAAUCCGUGACGUCUCUCUCUCCGAAGGGUUCAGCCACAUCCGGUCGAACGUGUGGGCCACUUGUGCUUUGAUCGAUUAUGUUGCGGGGCUAUGCUUCACCGUCCCAUAUAUGUGGUUCCGAUCUCCGAACCUGGUUGUGGGCGUCAUUGUGGUCGUCGCAUGCACUAUUUUGGGCAAUGUCGUGUCAGUGGCACUGUUUGUUGUCCUGAUCUGGACGGGUAGAGGCACAUUGCGAGAUUCGGUGCUGCCGCUCCACCAUACGCUCCACGCGCCAAACACGAAGACUUGGGGAGUGCUGGUAUUUCAAUGGUGCAUUGGCACUCUUGGGCUCAUCUAUUGGGCCUACCUCUUUUACGCUCUGGCCACCUAAUCCGUCCCAGACGGCUGGGACUUCAUCCGUUCCGACACAUGGGCUUACGUGACGCUUGUCGACGUACUCACAGGCAUUUCCAUGGUCACGACGUACGUGCUAGUGCGUGAACUGCGUGAAGGCAAUGUCGCGAUCGCCAUGCUGUGGGUGGCUGGGCUGUUUUUCCUCGGCAAUGGCGUCACUAUUGUAUAUCUCUUGUAUAUCAGCGCUGGUCCCAUGGCAGGGCGAUCGUUGCAAGAAGUGCUUCUGUGGGGUGAAUCCGAAGCAUUCAGUGAGCGAGCGCCUCUGACAAGUUGAUACGAAAACCUUUUGGACCCUCAACGUAUUGCAUCUAGUGUCGUCACUGAACAAAAUCACGCGAUCGUAAUCAUCUUGAACGAAAAUUUCACCAACG